GUGAGUUGCUGUAAUAAUAAAAUUUCUGGUGAAUUUUCGAUCGUCGGAUAUUAUUGUGAACUGAGUUGCCAUAUUCUACGGAGUACUGGUCGUCGUAUUUUACGUCUGUAGCGAUUGAAAGAAGCGUGUUUAUCCAAAACCAGUCGUAGUAUUCACCCACACGUAUAUAUUUGUACUUUGGGAGAUACCAAAGUUUUUAACGUUGAAUAGAAAAUUCGUUAACGUCGCAACGAAACGCGUGAGGCAAGUGUUUGAGCGACGGCAAAAUGCUUUAGCGACAAAGUUAUUUUAGAAAUUUUUUUCAAAAUUGAUAAAUUUAUGUGAAGCUGUGAAAAAUUGCGAGAAAGCUUAAGCCAAAAUUUAAAUGAAUGGUGGGAGAACGUGAAAAAUAUUUUAGCGGGAGAUUUAUCAAAAUAUAAUAUAAGAAAAAAUUAGAUUAGUGAUAGAUCAACAAAAAUAAUUUCGAUAAUAUAUACCGAACAUAAAUUGGCAGAUCCAGGGAGCGCAAUUGGAAGCUAUUGGUAAAAUAAUCAAAAAUAUGAAAUGAUUUGAAUGAACCUUCAUAUAAGCAAAUUUAAAAACAAAAAUUUAAAUAUAUUCAAACUGAAAAUAAAACUCACUGGAACUCACAAAAAUAUUAGUGCCCAACGAAACUUGUACGCGAAACACCACACAAGUAAAACAUUUAUUUUCCGCGAAAUAUCUAAAUUUCUUUCUGCAUUUUUUUUAAUAAAAUAUUAAGCACUUCUGUGAACUCCAACUUUAAAAGUACUAUUCAGUUAAUAUUUAUUAUAAAUAUUGCACAAAAUUUUUUGAAAUAAAUAACUUUUUAAAUAAUUACAUCAUCUCCACAAAAAUUUAUUUAAAAAAAAAAUUAUUUUAAAGCAAACAAAAAGUUUUCAAUAACGAAUAAAUUAAAAAAGAAUUAAGAAUACAAAAUAAGAACCACUCAACUUUCUAAUAAAGCAUCUUGAAAUAACAUUUUGAGCAAAAUUCUGGACUACAGAUAUUUCGAUUUUUGCUUUUUUCUCAAACUACGUUCAUUCAAAUAAAAAAGUGUCAAGUACAAAAGUGUUCAACUAAAAAGUGCAAAGUAAAAAUAUUCCGAAGGCGUAAUCUUGAAUCCUAAGAAAUAAAAAUCAGUUCAAAGCCUUUGAUAGUGCAAAGCAACAACGUAAAAAAUAUAAUAAACUUAAAACAAAAAAAAAAAAACAAAAAACACGAAUCUGCGAGAAAAUGUCGGCAAAAAAGGAAAUCAACUCUGCCCUAAUGAUGGCAUUCACUGUCACAACGUUGCUGGGAUUUAUAAAUGCGCAGGCAGUGGGCUCCAAGGAUCUCUUCAGAUGCCGCCAAAGUUGCUAUCAAAAGUUUGUUCAAGAUUGGCAUCACUGUAUGGACUUCGAUGAUUGUAAAAAUAUGUGCAUCACACCACCUAAUAUCAAUAGUUAUAUCCCAGAAGCGUUCAGUUUUCUGUGCUGGAACAAUUGCGAUCAACAAUUGGGUCCCUUCCCGCUGAACAUUAACUCAGCAUUGCGCCAAGACUCGCUAGUACUGACGACCAUUGCUUGGGACCAGGCGAUUACGAAUGCAUCGAAACAGUGUCUGGUCACUUGGGAGGUCUCCGGAGGCGGUCUAAUGGGCAAUCUAUUGACUGAUAGUUCUACUGUUGAAUUAUCCCUCUGGCCAGAUACUGUAUAUCACGUACAAGUUACGUGCAAGCAUAAGGAGACCGGCGGCAUGCGUCGUUCUUACAAACUGAUCGUGGACACGCACAAGCUGAGCGACAGCACUGUUACCGGCAUGCAAGCGAUUACUCUGGAAACGGGCAAUAUGGCCAGCAGGGAGGGCAUGAUGCCGCACAUGUACGGCGCGGCUGGCGCGGUCGAUAUAGGCGCCAACUCGGGUGAGACGGAUUCGCGCAUGCGCAUACUGAAGGACAGCUCCAAAGAUUUCCUCAGCCCCUACAAUCCAAAUGCCAAUGUUGCAUCAACGAGUAGUAGCAGCAGUACCAGCAGUACUGGUAGCACCAGCAGUUCAACAACACCCACCACAUCAGAUGCCACAAGGUCAACAACCAUUGCACAAAAUCAAAAUCAACAAGAGCAAUCUGCACGUCACAAUUCUGUGUUGCGUACUAAGUUGGUGGGUGAGCGGCCGCUGAGCGUGGAUACAGUCGAUUUUCUCACACAAAGCAUCACCUUUGCCGUGGUCGGCUCAGUCGUGCUCUUUGUCGCGCUGCUUGUGCUCUACAUGCUCGUGCGGCCGUCAGCGCGUAAACAUGUGCCCGCCGGCGCCAUCGCUCUAGACAAAGAGGUGCUCAUACACAACGAAUUGCUGCCAAGCCAAACACCUCAAGCGGCAAAGGUAGCAGCGACGGUGGCGGUGGCGGUGGGGCCUACAGUGACACCCAAGAAUACAACGGCGUCGUUGACGGAAGGCUUGCCAGUGGGGUGCGGAUUGCAUGCAGGCGCGUCAGACUCGCAAACAUUGCACGUGUAAAGUGUAGGGGAGAGAGCGGACGCAUUAUGGUGGACGUUGUAAAUAGUAAUUGAUAGUAAGCGUAGGUUUUUGCUAAUUCAUAAUUUAUUAAGCUUAAAUAUUAAAAAUUAAAAACAAAACAGUGAUGUGAUGUACUAAAUGCUAAAGAAUACAUUUCGAUUUCUCACAUUUCGCCUCUGCAUGUACAUAGUUGUAAAUAGCGUGUGUAAGCUCAGUGUUGCAUUUGAGCGCAGAAUGGUGAUUUGCUCUAUAUACAUAAAUAUACAUAUUCAUACAUAUGUGUAUAUACAUAUGUAUGAUAUAUUAAUUAAGCUUGGCGCCCGAAUUUGAGUGCAUGAGUGUAUAAAAAAUAUAUUUUUUUUUUGUUGUAUGUGUAUAAGUCCAUGCUCCUUUGCGAAGAGCGGGGGACUUGAAGCGCGUGUAUAGCAAUAUUAGUGGUUAAGAGUACAUAUAUACAUAUAAAUAUUUAAACAUCGCUGACAUUAGGGGCCAAUUGGCGCGAAUUGUGGUGAGUGCAAAGGCAUCGGGGCAGUUAACGAGUUGCAGCUUGACACGAAAAUGUAAAUCCUUUAAAAUUUCAAAGUAAACAAAUGUUUGCCAAAAAACGAAUUCAAAUGCAUACAUACAUAUAUACAUACAUGUAAAGAAAGACAUGGGUUCGCGCAUCUUCUCAACUGACUACCGCCGCAGCGUUGCCAUAUCCGCCAAUUUGGUAGUAGCCUGUAAGCUUAGUGAACUACUAGAAUUGAUAAGUUAUACACACUUACUGAAAUGCAUAUGCACGUGCAUAUGUAUGUGUAGCCGUAUAAUGGUUAUUAUUUUUGUAAAUCGCAACAUAUGACGAGUCCAAAUGUUAACUUUGACGUUUAGUUGUCGUCAUUUGGUGUUUUAUGUCCCAAACAAAAAACAAAAAGCAAAUUAUAGUAGUGAGUGAGAAGCAAAAUAUUUGUAUGCAUGUUUCAUUUGCAGCUUCAUCAGCGCAGAUGUGUAUGUGUGGUGUGUGUAUUAUGUCGUAACAGAAUUUCUAGUCUCACUUAUAUUUUAUAAAUAUUAAAUUUUUGUUUAAUUUUUAAAGUUAUAUGGAGCCAAAUUCUUAACAGACGUUUUCGAAAAAAAU